AUGGAAAAUUAUAUCAAAAUAAACGACACGCUAUUUGUGGACCUGAAUAGCUACCAUGAGCAGGUAGACGAAACGGAAGACUUAAACAUUUUCGACGCCAACCAUGUGGAAGGAGGUGCAAUUUUCCAACAUGACGCGGAAACGAGCUGUAAAGUUGAAAUAAAACGCUAUGUGGACAUUUUUGUCGAGCUUGUAAAGGAUAAACAUGUCAGUUAUGAUAUUUCUAAAAAGUUUAAGGACAGCAACUUAGACAUUGUUAGGAUAAUUCAAGCUAUUAAUAAUUCCCAUUUGAAAGAGGAGGAGGAAUUCCAUUUCACAAGGUUGAUGAUGAUUAUAUGUUUGAAAAAUUAUAUUUCUCAUUACGUAAAUAAAUAUCUAAAGAGUAUCAUAAAGGAUUAUGAGAGGAAUAAGUACAAAAAAGAAGUAAAAAACUUCAACUGUUUGAUAUAUAGCAAAGGCAGUGAGGAGAUAUGCAAGGACACGUGGAGUAGCGGCCACCAGGAAUGGGAAGACAAUACUUAUUCAGACAAUGCAGGUGCCAACUUUCUGUUCAUUAAAUUUUUAAGUGAAGAUAUUUCCAAAAAUUUUGCCUUGCUCGAAAAUGGCGAAAAUGUCUCGAAACAUAUUAGCGAGAAAGAAUGGGCAUAUUUGAAGGAGAAAAUUUUGCUCCUAAUAAAAAAUUCGUGUGUAAUUAACCGUAAUGAGGACAAAAAGUUUUCCACCUUGUUGGAGUUCAUUGACAAAAAUAUGUAUAGAUCUUUUAAAAGGCACAAAAGCAUCGUAGAAAUGAAGAAGUUUAACAUAUGCUUAUAUUUCAUUGACGUAUUUUUUAACCUAUUUUUGAUAGAUUACCCCUUCAAGUGGGGAAAUUUACUGGGCGAUAUUUUCAGCACCUUUAAUUUUAUUUCUAUUUAUAGUGGUAGCGACUUGGUGAAUGUGAUAAACGGUGACUACAACUCGACGUUGAGUUGCCUAACCGAUUUGAUGAAGUGUCGUGGUGCGUCUAGCCAAAUGGAGAAUAUGAAAGAAGGGGGGAAUAACGGAGAAAGCAACACCCACCGGGUGGUCAUACACUUUCAAAACUUCUACUCCCUCAUGUUUUUAAUGAACAAAAUGGUGAAGAAGUACAUCCCCAGGACACAGAACAACAAUUCGUAUUCUGUGCUAUAUCACAACUACUUCAUCUCGCAUAUAAACAGUAGCAAUAAGGACUUCCUAGAAAAGGGAGAAUACAGCGCUUUAAAAAUACCAUGUGAAAAUUUGUUAGCAGGGUUUAAGGACAUAAUAAGGAUAUUCUUCCCCAUUUUUAACCGACUUCUAUGUACUUUGUUGAAUUAUGUGGAUAGUAUAUAUGUCGCAUUUAUGGUGAAGAGGAUCGUGAAGUUUUUAUAUAAAACUUUGCUAUGCCAUUUUAGCAGCUUGCCAGAGGAGUUAAUCCAGAACGAACUUGAAAUAUUAUUCACAAAUAUAGGGAACAUAUUAGACAUUGAUUUGGAUGCUUACGUUCAUAAACUUUAUUUUGCUAACACGGGUGAGUCGUCUGCCAAGGGGUCAAUAUCGGUUGCCAAAAUAACGGAAGAAACUUCUUAUGAAAAUUUAAGCGAACUUAUCAAUAACAAAGAUCACAAUGUAGAUAGGCUAUUCUUAAUCAUCUUGCUGAAGUCGAAAAAGUGGUGCUUAAAAAUUUUAAAUAUGUUUUUGUACAGAUCCAUUUAUUUCGACGAAAUGAAUGAGACGUGGAAAUCGCUGCUAAAACAGUUCGAAAAUAAGUACAUAAUAUUCCUUGAAAAAAUUUCCCUUCUCAUUUUGAAAGCUAUUAUCAAUACGAAUUACACGGAGGAGGAAAGAAUGCACUACGACAAAUUGAUCUGCUACAUUAGAUACGUGGUAGACUUUACUGACUACUUGAAUUUCGCGGAUAAAUGUUUAUCUUUGUCGCUAAACUAUCUGUGCAUGAUAGUUUCCUUUGACCAUCUGCAGGUGUUCGUGAAGCAGAACAUUUUGAGCGAGGCGUUUUUAGGCUGUCUCUUCGUCCACAUUGGCAGUAGUUCCCACGUGGAGUGCGUCGACAAUUUCUUCACGAACGGAUCUCCGCAAAAGGAAGAAAGCCUGCUAUUUGACAAUCUAAAGUUCGAGAGGUACAUCAUUUGCUUCCAGAAAAUCCCGCUGUUCGGAAAGUACCUGUCUGACUAUUACGACGACACGAAAUCGAAGAACGUGUUGAAGAAGUAUGUCAAUUACAUCAUUUUUCUGUUUUGCGAGUUGUUGGAUAAGUAUUUUUACGACGUGAUAUUUUACUUAGACGCAAAUGUGAAGGAGCACUUGCGAACUUGUUUAGUUAUCCAGAACGAGUACAUGCACGUGCUUUACCCAGACAUGUUUGUGAAGAAGGAGAUGGACUUCUCCAACGACGUCGUGGAGAUUAGCUGCUACAAAAAGAGCGACCUUUUAAUUAACGCAGAGAUGUGCAUGAGAACAAAGAAUCACAACAUUUACAUAAAUAGUGUGUUUUCCUGCAUUUCUGAGAUUAUUCAGAAGCACAUGAAGGAAAAUGACAUGCAGGACAAGGUGGACCUUUCGUUGUUUUCUUUAUUAAACAGUGACACAUUUAACAGCCUGAUUUUUAUCAUUAAGAAUUUGCCCCUUUAUAAAUAUUCGCAGGAGGAACUCAUUUUCAAAGAUCUGUACAGCAUGCAGAAUAAGCACAACUUAAACUUGAGCUGCCUGAUCAUGAACGACAUAAAUUUGUACAAGUACUUUUCCCUGUUUAUGUUUUUAGUGUAUUACAAAUGGGCGUUUAUUAUGAAGGUACUGCGGGGUGUUAUAGAUGAGGGGGUGUUACUGGGGGGGGUUGGUACUCCCACCUGUGUCACUUCCCAUACGAAUUCCAUGCCUUCCAUGGCCCCCACUUUUUCUGGCACCCCCCUCGACCAGCAUGAUGGCAGAACAACUCGCGAAAGGGAAGACUUAACAAUCGACGACUACAUCGAGGAGUACUGCAAAAACAAGAAGAAGUACAAACUGCACCUUAGUAGUGAUGAAAAGGAGAUCGAAAAGUUUGACCAAAUUGUGACCGACUUUAAGAUCAGGGAUAAGUCCUUCUUCCUUAACUACAUGCUGGUGAAUAUAUUUCACCCCUACUCGAAUAACCUGAAGAGAGUAAUCAUGUGGAUGUUAAAGGAAUACAGCAGCAUGACCAGGUUCAGCGAAAACGUUUUGCAGUUCUUCUUUUACCUCUGCUUCAUAAAUCUGUUCUAUUUUGAGAAGCAUUUAAAAUUCAAAUCAUUCGAUACGCUUAUUAAUUUAAUGUACAAGUAUGGGAUUCCCAGGCAAAUUUUCUACAAUGACUUUAGAGAAAUUUUCACAUUUUUAUUUUUCCAACUGUUAAUUUUGUUCAUAAAGAAUGAAUCCAAUUCGUGUGACAAUGAGUUUUAUGAAGACAACGUGAACGUCCUUCUGACUCAGAAUCAUGAGAAGAGAUACUUUUUCAGCUACCUAAGGGGGGAAGAUAACCCCCUUUGUGACUACACCUCCGAUAAGAUAAAUAUGUGGAGCAGUUAUCUGUACAACCAAGUGAACUGCUUCACAGACUUUUUUAUCAAUGACGUGUUGUAUCAUAAUUUUCAAUACUAUAUAGAAAAAAUGGAGGUGAGGAAUUUAAACCAGUUCUUAAAUUUUGUAUCACUAUAUUACCAAAACGAGAUUAACAACAACAUUUUUUUGUUUAUCAAUUUGCUGAACGAGUCUUUGUUGGACACCACUUCGUCGUCCAUAUCUGGUAGCGAGAAGGAGCAUUCAUCCUUUUUGAGGGCCUUGAAGUUUUUUUCCUUUUUUCUGGAACAUUACAAAAACGCUAGCAGUACACAGGAUGUCCUCAUAAUAAAAGUACUAGAGGGCGAAAAAUUCAUCGCCUAUUUUAAAAAUAUAGUGAGGACGGUGAAGAAGAAUCAGGUGUGUGAGGAAAUACUAAACGAGAUAUACUACAUACUACACAUUUUUACGAAGAAUUCUUUAUUCAAUUAUAAAAUAUUUUGGUUUUAUUUUUUGUACUCUGUGGCGUCUAUUUCGAAGAGCUUGAAUGUAUUUCAGCUGAGGGAAGUAACCAAGUUGGAAAAGGUAGCGAACAUUCCUGUGUACCUGUUUCAAUUUUUCAGCAAUGUGAUAAGGAGGGAUGUUCUUUACUUCUUCUUCACUUUGGCGGAAAAGAAUCCAUUCAGUGUUAAUUGUUUGAAUAUUUCUCUGGUAGAAAUUUUUCGAAAAAUUAGUUUGCUGCUAAUUCUUCUGUCAGAGAAGAACUUGAAUGAACAGCAUUUUUGCAACAAUAGUACAUUGCACAUAUGUGGGUUGUAUUUGUAUAAUAAUUUGCUCUUCUACCUGUUUAUGCUGCUCGGUAAGAAUAAAAUAUUUUUUACCUACCUAUUUUGGGGCAAAUUGCGCAGAUCGUACGAGCUGCUUCAGGAGGAGGACGGUGCACAGCUUAGCGACAUGGACGAUGUCGUUUCGAAUUAUUCAUUUAGUAAGUUUGACGAAAUGAGUGGCGCCAGCAGGGAUUGCAACAAUGGUGAGUUUGUUUUUCUGGACGAUGACUUUUUGGGAGGGAAUUGCACGGAAGGGGUGAGUCAUGGUGCGGACAACGGUGAGGACGACGCGUCGGAGGAUGACCCAGAUGCUGAUGAAGGCGGGGGCGUAUACGUCGAGGUGAACGAGGAGGAAAAUGAAAAAAAUCCACACACAAGUGAAGACACCAUGCAAAACUACUCAAAUAAGAACACGAAGAGCCUUUCGAGCGACAUCUCAUUUCGCAGAAGCGAACUGAACGACAGCAUGUACGAGACGGAGACGAAUGGCGAAAGUUGGAAAGGGGAAGUUCUCUUCUACAAGGAGAUGAAAAACUAUUUCCUUAACAAAAAGAAGAAGUUAAAACGUAGGAGGAAGAAAAAGAAUAAGGAAAGUACUAUGAAAAGGAAUACAAAUGAAUGGAGUAAUCCCAAUGGUGGUGGGGGCACCACCAAGAACGUACAUAGCAAUGGCUCCUCUCAGGGGAACACCAACUGCGGGGAUGUAAACCAAAGUAGGGAAAAUAAAAUUGUUAAGUUACUAAACACAGUUUAUUUUAACAUAUUUCUUUUGAAGGACAAAAAGAGGGAACACAUAAAAAUGUUACUAAAAACGCUGAAAUUUAUAAAUGAUAAUUUGGUUCUGAACGAUUCCGAGAAUGAAUACCACAAGUACACAAUGUUGCUGAUGUUACAGAAGAAGAGGUACAUUUAUCAGUCCCUCUCUCUGUACAUUUUUAUGGACAUACAGGAUUUGUUCACCAUUCUGGUAAGUGAAAAUAUAUUGGGCUCCAUCAUCGAUGAGUGGUUAAAUGAUAUAUUUUAUAUCUACCAAAAUUCAGACGACUUGAAAUAUUUCAUUUUUGCCUUUUCGAACAUGUUGAUAUAUCUGUGUAUGUAUGAGCAGAAAAAGAGGGAGUCGGGUGAUUGCGCUGUCGGGGUUGAAGAGGAGGAGAAGGGUUUUCCUUUCCUCAAAAGUGCCAGCACUAUCAACAGUAGCAUGAACAACUUUGACACAAUUUUGAGAGAAAUAAAAUUGGAGUUUUUCGAUGAAUAUGCCAUAGCACAGCUGAAGGAAAGACUACCUCGAAUUAUCAACGCUGUGGUGAAUGUCUUUUUGAUUCUUCCUAUACCGUAUGAGGAAAACGUGAAAGUGUUUAAGAAAAAUAUACUUCGCAGAUUAGCCCCGAUCUGUGGUGAAGGAGACAACAUCGAAAAUAAUAAUUUGCUAAAAUUUAACAGUGAUAACAGCGCUACGGAUAAUUUGAGCGCGACUUUCAAGGAAAUCCAUUUCAGUGAUUUGCUCCAGAAUAUUGAAUUCAUGCAUUUGAAUAAGUACGAACAGAAGUUUUACGAGAGAAACCAAAAUUCAUUAAAAUUUUCGUACGACAAUGUGGUUCAUAUUAACAAAUCGGAGGACUUAAUCCUUUACGAUAAAAAAAUAUCAAUAAACUAUUAUUUCCAGAGUAGCAUACAUGACGAUUUUGUGAAUAGGCUCGUUUCCGAGUGUAAUGAUGAGCAUUUUAAAAUAGCUCUGUACGCACGGAAAGCCUUUUCCUUACUGAAUCAGGAGUUUUUUUCGAAUGAUGAUUUGAUCGGCAUUCUUGGAUGUUCUGAUAAGUAUUACAACUUUGUGAAUAUCAUUCGGAUGGACAUAUGA